AUGCUGCCUGCUGACAGCGGCGAGAUAGCGGAAGGGCCCACCUUGAGGCGGCGGUCGAGUGCCUCCAGGAUCGUCGGCGGUCUCGUGCCCAACUGCGUCGAAGAGUUCGAGACGUUUCAACCACUUCCAGGUUUCGAGGUUCAGCCGCUGCCGGUCCUUCACGGUGGCACCUAUGUUUGUAUGGGCUUUCGCUUCGGCAUGCACGGUGAAGUGCUGUAUCUCUCCGAUGUGAGCAAAGUUCCCGACAAGACCAUGGCGGUUCUCAAAGCCAGCCGCGCAGAGGUCCUUGUCGUGGAUGCCCUGUUGAAAUCCGGUCCGAGCUAUUCACAUUUCGGCCUUGCACAGGCCCUAGAGCUCGUUCGUGCCCUCCGUCCGAAGAGGGCCUUGCUUGUUGGCAUGUCUUGCCAGUUCGACCAUGAACGCGAUAACGCCGAGCUGCGAAAGUUGAGGAUGGAAGGCCUCGAGGUGGAGCUCGCAUUUGAUGGCCUCCAGUUCGAUCUUCAGAUGGAAGCAGCUCUCCCGAUUCCCGAAGCGGAGGAGGAUGGGUCCUAUGAGCUUCAACUCCCCGCACAGACAAGCCGCACAGCGUGGCUUCGGCAGCUUGCAACGCAGAAGCGAUUUAUGCCCAGUAUCUGUCAAUGUUGCAGCUAG